AUGGCCAAAAAGAAACAAGCAGUAGCAUCGUCAACAAAAACCUCUCGAGCCUUUGAACAAUUAAAACAAAAGAUUGAAAAAUCGAAAAAGGUGGAAAAUGGAAAGUCCAAGAAGGAACAAUCAUCACUUCAAAUACCCAUCUUGGAAAUUAAUGAUGAUAGUAGUGAAUCAUCUUCGGAAGAAAAUAACAAUACACCAACCGAUGAAAAUUUGAGAAUGGAUUUAACUCUUCAGUGCGGAUCAAAGAGUGAAUAUGAAUUUGUAUGUAAAACUUGUGGAGGUGACCACGAUGAAACUAGGUGUACGAGUAAUUAUUGCCCAAUUUGUUUGAACAAGCAUAAAGUUGAUAAUUGUCCUCACAAGGCUGCUACUGCAAUUGUUUGUGAAUGGUGCUCGAAGAAAGGACACUUGCAAUCCAAAUGUCCAAUGAAACAAUAUAUUAUCACAAAAGAUGACAUUCCUGCCGAUGUUACUUGUUUCGUUUGUGGGGAGAAGGGACAUUUGAAUUGUUCAUCGAGUUACAAAUCAUUUUCGAACAAGAAGUUUUGUUUUAAUUGUGGUCAACAAGGUCACUCUGGCUUGGAUUGUGAAGAUAUUAAAUUUGAUGACAUUAUUUCAACAUGUCUCAAGGAUAGUAAUUACUAUUUAACAUCUAGUGACUCUGCAAUUGCCAAACUCAUGGUUGAAAAAUUAAAAGUCGAAGAAUAUCCAUUGACAAAUUUUGAAGUGAAAGAAAUUGUUGAACAACAUUUUGAAAAUAGAAAAGAAAAACUAGGAGUUCGGGAAUCAAAUUUUAAAAGAUUUAGGGAUCCACUGCUAGAUUUUCAAUGUAGAUUAUUAUAUUAUUUUGAUAAACAAACUAAAGUUAACAAUCAAAAUGAGGAAUCUAUUAGGAAUUUAUUAAAGGAUUUGGGACCAUUCUCAUUGACACGAUCGGAAAAGAUGUUAGUAAUUAAUAGUCCACCAUCAUCACUUGUGGAAAUUCACUCUAUUAUUGAAAAUUGUGAAUCUAGAUAUUCUGAAGAUCAAAUUUUAGAAAUUCUUGAAAUUAUACAAAACAAUAUUGCAUCAGUGACACCUAAAGAGAAGAAAGAAGAAAGGAAGAGGGAAUCUAAAACAGCAGAUGAUAUGAGUACAUGGUAUGAAUUUACAUCAAAAGUAGAUGAAGCUAGAAGAAAGCAAAUUGAAAAGAAAAAACAAGAAAAAACCAAGUUGAAACCUGGUGAUAUUGUUAUGCUUUAAAGAUUUUUACAAUUUUAAACAUUUAUACAAUAAAUUAUGAGAUAAUGU